UUGCAUGUUAUAACGCUGGAUCAUGUCUAAGACGCAGGCAGAAAGUGUUAUAAAGAAUAUCAUUCGUGAAAUUGCACAGGAAUGUGCAGGAAGAGGUCAAGCUGUCUCGGAAACAUUGGUCGCAUUCAUGGUGAAAGCAGUUGUCCUGGAUCCCACUAAUGGCUUUAAUGUUGAUAGAACAUUAACAAAGGAUGAUGUUGAAAAACUUAUUAAGCUUUGUGUUUCAAGACUAUUGGACAACCAGUCAGCGUCUCUGGCCACUGUCAAGAUGCAGGUCUACUUCGACAUGAACUACACCAGCCGAGCUGAUUUUCUGGAAGAACAUCGGAGAGUUCUUGAGUCAAGGUUAAGUCCAGUUGUGCGCGAAAUAACGGACAGUAGAGCAAGAAAUAGAGAUGAACUCGAAGGCUUGUAUAGAAAGAUUGUUUCGUGCGUAUUGUUGAGAUCCGGGCUUGGCUCUCCUACGGAUAUUGCAGUUGUAAGGGAAGCGACAGCUGCGCUGCAAAGCGUUUUCCCUCACACGGAACUUGGGACAUUCAUGUCUCUGAGUAAACGAGACAAAGAGAAACAGCUCCAAGAACUCACCCAGAUCGUCUCUGGAAUCCGGCUGUUCAACAGAGAAUGUGGCAAGGGAGGAGAUGGCAUUGAUGACUUGCCAGCAAUCUUAGCCGAGGCAAUGCCAUCCACGAGCAACAAAGUUCAAAAUGAGAUUGAUACAACGCUUGAAAUGGCGUUCAAAUUCACAGCCAUAGUUGAGCAUUUCUUGUCAAAUCCGGGUCGCUUGCCUGAAGACGUUUCUCUGAUGUUGUUGAAAGAAUGUCUCAUGAAUUUAAGGCAAUUGGAAACAUUUUUAAGUGUGAUUUUGCACGAUGUUGUCGAUUGUGCGAGACAAACAGAAGCACUGGAAAUUCAAUUCAAAGCAAGAAUGGAGAGUCUCCGAAGUACAGUGCAAUCAAAAACUGCCGUUCCAACGGCACAAGUUUAUCCUCAAUUUAUAAACCUGUCGCAUAUAUGGAAUGGUUUUCAAGACGAGAUGGUUUUACUAAGUGUCCUCAGUAAUAUCCAGAGCAGCUUGGGACCUUUCAGCAAGGUUAUCUGGGAGCUAUUUCCAGAUGAGAUUCUUGAGAGGCUCUUAGAAGGGAUUAAUGUGAAGACUGAUAAUGAUCGUUUAAUGGAGACAAAUGAUGCAAACAGUCGCAUUAAUCCUCAGAAUAUUGAUCACGAUGAUUUUGAAGUUUUAUAUCCGGAAACAACGAAGAAUUUUGAUCGUUUGCCCAUCUUGUAUAGGGGCUUUUGUGCCUGGUCCCUGGUGAGUGACAAGAGUUUUAUUUUGCCCUCCAAUCCUGCUAUUGGAGUGGUGCUGUACAGCAACAAUUAUUACGCGUUCUCUACCAAAGAUGCUUCGUAUCAAUUUAUGGAGGAGCCUGAAAGGUAUAUUGCUGACGUGGCAUCGGCGGCGAAGAAGUCACCAGAAUUAAUUCAACUGUUGGAACUUCACGCGCAGUUUGCAGCCAUCACUCCGUAUCAAGAGCAGGAUUCCGGGAGGUACACGGAAGCUCCUAUCACGAAAUGCGACAGUGGUACCCAGACCGAUACUCACUUCUUAGAGUCGAAUAUUGUCAAAUCUUACGAAUGGAACGAAUGGGAGCUAAGAAGAAAAGCUAUUAAAUUGGCGAACUUGAGGACGAGAGUUACUCAUUCAAUGCAAACAGAUUUAAGCAAUUACAAGGGAGAUAAAACAACACAAGUUUAUCUACCAAAGGACAGCGAAACGCAAACAAAACGCGAGAAAUCGACAAGCGUUCCUAAACCAUCUCGUUAUAUGGCGGGGUUACGAGGGUGUAACUCGACUAAAACCACCAUCACGACAGUAGAUCUUACCCUGGAUGUUGACCAAACAUAAUGACGUCAUUACAUCAUCUACUAAUGUCACUACGUCACCACUGACCUCACUACAUCACCCGGACGGUGAUUGUUGAUUGUUUUCACACGCGAUGUACAGUUGUAUAUAAUGUAGAGUAUCAGUUAUUUUUAAUGAGCAUGAAAUCCGUGGGAAAUAAUUUCAUUUACUCAUAAUAUCAUUCAAAAAGUUUUUGCUGUGAACUAGGCUCCCGUCAUUUACGCUUUAUAGGCUGCCGCAAGAUAAACUUACCAAGCAGUCAAAUGUAUCACAACACGUUAUCUUUACUUUGAUAAACACAAAUGAAAC